UAUGGUAACAUCAACACAACGAGGACAGUUUGCCGGAUGAAUCAACAAAAGCUAAAACACCUGGAAAUUGACAUAAAACGACACUAAAUUCGGCAGUUUUUCGGCGAGGACAGCCUGUAAAGGUUUUUAAAUGUCGCUAACUUCGACUCUGACUUUUUAAAAUUAUUUUAUUUACUCUAUCCGCCUCAAUAUCUCAUCAGCAUGGAGGUCGGAGAUCAGCUGAAAGAACUAAACAUGACAACGGAUGAGAUGGAAAGACUGACAAAAGCUCUCAAAGACGAGAAAUUUAGAGAAAUGCUGCGGGAUUACGCCCAUGAAUUAUCAGACCCGGAGAAUAAGAAAAGGUAUGAAGAGGAGAUCAAACUCUUGGAGCAGGAGAGAGGUAACACGAUUGACUUUAUCCACCCGGAGCCGUUCAGGGCUCUCAGGACGAGUGUGAACGGCAAGCAGAAGUGUUUUAUCAACAUCUGCGCCAAUGAUAGAGUUGGAAAGCCUGAAUGUAAAUGGGGGGUGUCGGCGGACGGCCGCAGAGGACAGAGCUGGUCCCUGCCUCACAGUCUGCACCCAGGGAGACAAGACACGGAUCCUAAAGGAAACAAGAUCAUGAUCUAUGAUGCAGUUUUCCACCCUGACACUAUCCACAUUGCGAGCAAAAACAAGAGGUUUAUGGAGAUGGUGGACAGCACAGCCAUUCAGGGAAUCCAGGAUGCUUUCAAAGUCACUCUGGAUAAAAACAAUGUGAGGGAGCUGAAGACGAAAUACAAAGGGACCCCGCAGCCUUGUGUCAUCCGAAAACCCAUACCUGGAUAUAAAAAGGAGCCUUCAGAGGAGCCUGACCCUCUUGCAUUCCCGUACCCAUGUGAAAAAAGACCCCCCACAUCCCUGCAAGCCGAGCCUGCAGCAACAAAAAACAGCCGUGAUGCUGAACAGAAAAGUUUCCAGAUCCAGCCUCAGAGAGCCAAAGAGCCCACCAAGCCAAACUACACAGUAAAAUAUCGAUCUUUUGUGGAUCUACAGGACUUCAGAUGUUCCAGAGACUCUGCACAAAGCCCCAGGCCCAAAGAGAUAGUGGUUACCAUCGACAUGCCACUUCUGAAGGCGGCCACAGACGCCAGCCUUGAGGUGGAAGAGAGACGGCUGCUGCUGGAGGCCAAGAAACCAGCCUACAGACUGGAGCUGCCUUUAGCCUACCCUGUGGAUGAAGACAAAGGAGAGGCCAUGUUCAACAAACAGAGAGGACAGCUUACAGUCACACUGUCUGUUCUGCCUUCUAACGAAGCUGUGGAUUUUGCUGUAGGGUCCGCUCAAACUAGUGAUGAUGAGAGACAGGAGGAGGUUAGUGAGGUAGAAGAGGAGGAUGAAUGGAUCGAGAAGAGGGAAGACAAGGAAAGUAAAGAGGAGGAGCAAGGAGGUGUCGAGCAGGAUUUGAGGGUAGAGGAAGGUGAAGAAGAGGGAGGAAGAGGUCAAAAGAGCGGAGAGGAGCAGAUGAAGGAGGGAGAAAAUAGUGACGAGGGAAAUGGAGUGGAGGUGGAGACGAAAUGGAAGGAGGAGAAAGGAAAAGGCCAAGAUGUGGAGGAGGAAAAAGUGAACGAACUGAAGCACGAGCUUGAAAAAGAAAUCUGGGAUUGUAACUCAGAUAACAAGGAUCCCAGUGUUACAAGUUUAAAAUGCAAUACUGUAACUAAUGUUUCUUCUGGAGAAGAAAACAGGCUCCAAGCUUCACCUGAAACAGAAAGCCAGCCUGUUUUAAUCACUGCUGAGCAUUCAAGCUGCACAGGAAAAGAGGAAGAAGUUAUUAUGAAGUUGACCACCAAAAUGAAGACUUCAGGAGUCAAAGAGGAUACUGGGAAGACAAGAGAGUGUGUCAGUGGAAAUGAGAAGGUGGAAACAGAUGCUGCAUCUCUGCACCACGGAUCCACUGAGGAAUCCACAGCAGCUCACAGGCAGAACGUAAAGGAGAGCAGCACCUCCCAGGAGCCCAGCAAGACGCCUGCAACAGAUGAAACAAACAAGUCAAGCAGAGGAGGUUCAGCCUCUGAGGAGCCUGCCGUGGGUUCAUUAAAGCAGGAGGCGAGGGGGGACGUAGACGAAGACGACCUGCCCACAGAGCAAAUCUUCCAAAGCCCGGUGAACGACAAGCAGCCACCUGUGGUACUGAGGGAAAUUGAUGAAGAUGGAAACGAGACGAUCAUCAGUGAUCAUGUCACAUGUGCUGGGUUUAUCUUCCAAAACUCCCUCAUUUAUGAGCUGGACUGAGGUCAAUGCUCCACAGGAGGCUCUGUAGAGGUUUGAAUGUUUGUUAUAUCAGUACAGUUAAUCUGCAUUGUGUCCAACAAUAUUAAAUGUUCAGGAUAUCCUUUAAAUAAACCAUUUCAAUAACUCCAGAAUAAACUACUUUAGACAACUUGA